GUUUCAACGGGACCAGCUGUGCAUCUCCUUGACCAUUCCAGACCCAAGGUAGAUCCGGCCUAACGUAUCUGUCUUUCACUUUCUCGACCACACAGCAAUAUCAUGGCGGCCGCGGCCGUCUCAUACAAGGAACGGCAGUUUCUUGCUGUUAUUGGCGAUGAAGACUCCGUAACUGGACUUCUGCUCGCGGGAAUUGGUCACGUUACAGAUGGCCCCGAUGCCCAGCGAAAUUUCCUUGUUGUAGACUCGAAGACGGAGACUUCCGCUAUUGAAAAAGCAUUCCACAGCUUCACACAGGAGCGCCAGGACAUCGCCGUCCUGCUCAUCAACCAACAUAUCGCUGAGCGCAUCCGUCACGCUGUCGAUUCAUACUCCGAAGCCUUUCCCGCCGUUCUCGAGAUUCCAAGCAAGGAUCAUCCCUACGAUCCGGAGAAAGACAGCGUGUUGAAGCGGGUGCGUCGACUUUUUGGAGAGUAAAUCAGGAACGAGAGAUUGUCUUGUUCUCUAGGAACAUUCAAUGAAGGACAAGAUCUUCUAUCGACCGUGCUGCAUAUGCUUCCGUGCCACCUGUUGUUUCUUGUCCUGGUCGCUCCCGCACGGUCAUGACAAGUGAAAGUACUUAGGGCGGGAGAAAGAUACCCAUAAUAUCUGUUCAUAGAAUUAUAUUGCAAUUGUCUGCCCUGCCAGAGCGCUGCUGAUUUCUCAGACCUUGCGGAUUGAUUUGGUUCUGUAUCCCAAGUAGUGCUGAAG